GUUCGAUUAUUAUUUAGUACGAUUGAGUCCGAAACGUUUAACGACAUUAGUUCAACCUUCUUCCCAAUAACUCUAAGCUUAAAAUUUAUUCAUACUGGAAAAUUUUAAUGCAGGACGCAUCAUUUAAAUUAUAAGUUUGUGUUUUUUGACAAUCAAAGAAAAAAAUGUCUCAGUGUUAAAACAAAAACAAAAACCCAGUUAAAAAUAGCAGACAAUAAUUUUUCAAAUAUAAUUUGUGUAGAUCUAAUUAAAGCGUGAUUCGAAAUUGGUAAUAAGCCAAUCGCCAACUGCAACGCAACGGUGUGACAGAAAGCAUACUACAGCAUACCUUAGAUUUGAAUAUUCAUGAUAUCGCUUUGAGUUUUUCGUCGUUACAAAUACCUACGUGUGAAUUUCCGUUUAUUAAAAGGAAACAAACACCAUGAAUGAAAAUGGGAUAGUUCCAACAGCAAACUCUAAUUCUGCAACAACACCGGCUCUGAUUUUACCUGGAAGUGAUGUAACAUCUACACCAAUGCCAACAUAUACCGGGUCAAAUAAGAAUGGCGUUGUUGUUAAUGAACCAAAGAGACGAGUUAGUAUCGCAUCAGAUCCUGUUUCGGAGUCAAGACAUAGCUAUGAUAAUGCUGGUUUUGAACCACAUCCUAGGAGAAAGAUUUCUCAGACUUCGGUACAUUCUCACUGUGAAAUAGGACCCGUCCGACGAAAAAGUAUUCUCCUGAAUGCAACUCACGACAAUGAAUCAGAAUAUGGAUCAAUUCAUAGUUAUGAUAACAGAGCUAAUGGCGGUAGAGCUACUGCUCUUGAUUCUUUAAAUGCAAAAAUCAAUCAUCACCAAAAUACAUCAAAUGUUGGAAGCAAUUUGGAGGAAUCAUGGAUUUACACAUUUUGUUUAAGAUGCAGAGGAGAUGAACACCAUCCAUCAUGGGAACCUCCAUAUUGGCAAAAAGUUUGUCCAUAUCCUUUAUGUCCAUCAUUUCGACAAUUUUCUAGAAUUAUAUCUUUGAUCCUUAUUGGAAUAUUGAUAUGGUGCACAGCCUACGUUAUAAUAGGUGAUUCUGCGGCUCCAGGAGGACAGCUGUUUGGACUUGUCGUUCUUACAGUUGCCGCAAACUUUGGAGGAUGGCUUAUUUCUUUAACAACACUUCCAAGAUUGAUUGGUAUGCUUUUAGUGGGAUUACUAUUUCAGAAUGUUGGGUUGGUGGAUUUUGAUGGUGAUUUCGCUCAAGUAACAUCCAUUCUACGCAAAUUUGCACUUACGAUAAUACUUAUUCGAGCUGGCCUCGAAAUGGAACCUGAUGCUUUCAAAAAAGUUUGGAAAACAAUUCUUAAGCUUGGAGUUAUACCAUGGACCGUUGAGGCAUGUGUAGUAGCUUUUAUGAGCCACUACUUGCUGAACAUACCCUGGAUUUGGGCUUUUUUACUUGGAUCGAUAAUUGCUGCUGUAUCACCCGCCGUUGUUGUGCCAUGUCUAUUUAGACUGAGAACAAAAGGUUAUGGUGUAGCAAAGGGUAUUCCAACACUUAUUAUAGCUGUUGCUGGCAUCGAUGAUGCAUUAUCUGUGGCCGUAUUUGGUAUUAUCAGCAGCAUUAUGUUUUCCGACAAAGGGAUGGGCUAUCAAAUUUCACAAGCACCUGUUUGUAUUUUUGGUGGACUUGGCUUUGGGAUUGCUUGGGGAUACAUGUCGCGAUUCUUUCCCGAAAAGGGCGAUCCAUAUGUAGUGCCCUUGAGAACUAUUUUGCUUUUCACUGGCGGACUCUUUUCGAUAUUCGGAAGCGAGGUUAUCGGCUAUGAAGGCGCAGGACCUCUUGCUGUAGUGUUUGCAGCAUUUGUUUCGAACUUAUUUUGGUGCAAGCAGGGAUGGGAAAUUGAAGACAAUCCCGUUUCAACAGCCUUUGAAAUAUUUUGGAUGAUUUUCGAACCAAUUUUAUUUGGAAUCACUGGUUCAACCGUUAAGAUUUCAGAACUUGAUCCAGACAUCGUAUCUGUUGGCAUUGCAUGUUUAGUUGCUGGUGUAAUUCUACGUAUUAUUUGUACCGCAGGGAUUGCAUUUGGUGAUAAGUUAAAUUUAAAGGAGAAGAUCUUUGUUGCCUUGUCGUGGAUGUCUAAGGCUACCGUCCAGGCUGCUUUGGGACCAGUUGCAAUGAAGCACUUGACCAGCGAAUCAAGCAAUGAGGAGAGACAUUAUGCAGAAAUAGUACAAACCAUUUCUGUGCUAAGUAUUCUUUUGACAGCCCCUCUUGGUGCCAUUCUAAUUUCGAUAAGUGGUACAAAACUUCUUACAAAAACCAAGCAACCAAAAAUAUCAGAAGGCUGGCGUCGAAGUCAUAGGCCUUCACUUCGUGAUAUCAGUAUUAUUGAUGAAGAAGAAGAAAGAGAAGACCCAGAAAUACCUGAAGACAAAACAACAUCUGAUAAUACUCAGACGAAUAUAAGUUUGUCAAAUCCAACAUACACUUUUAAUAAAUAACUGAAUAAUUUCAUAAUUUAUAUAAAUGGCUACUUAACAAUCAUAAACGUAUGUACAAAGGUCCCUUUGUUUUAUACCUUGUAUAUGAUAUGAUACAAUAAGCUCCAGUCUGUAUUGCCAGUAUAGUGAAUUUGAAUAAUACAAUUCCUUAAAUAUGUAUGUAUGUAUGUGUAUAUACUAUAUAUGUAAUUAUUAAAUUAAAGUUAUACUAAGAAAAUCUAAC